CGGUGAGCGUGGAUGUGCCGUAGAAAGCAGUCCAGUUCCUCUCCUAGCUCCGGCGGCAUGAAUAUGUAAUAUUACGCUCUCCUCCUACUUCGAUUCAACCUGCUGUCUGUUGCCCGCUUACUUGCUUGCGUGCGUGCUUGUUUAUUCACUCGAACGAACCGCCCAAGUUACUUCGUAAUAUAUCCUCUGCUUGCUCACUGACGCCGUCAUGGCCCCCUCACGUUCUCAUCCCUACAAGGCCAAUUCCUGUUCGAGCCCGAACGCCUUCCGCAAAAACGACUGCUCGACAAGGAAACCAAACUCCAGCCGGACGCUCAUCAGUUCUUCUAGUUCGGCCUCAGGUCUUCAGUGUACAGACCUGCUACGUCCGGCAAAGCUCGAGGCUCUCCCUCUCCCCAACCGUCCCUACAGCUCAGCAACAGUGCCAUCAAAUAAACUACGGAAGAACAUGAAGGACUUGACGGGAUUCCAUACGACAGAAGACGAGUUCGAGGCAUUGCCAUUGGCAGUAAGAAGAAAGGUAUGCAUGCCUCUUUAAUACUUGUUACUGUUACUAGAAGCUUGGUUUGUCGAGGGAACCAUAAAGAAAACAACGCACCUAGGAGAAACACGGACACCAAAUGGAAUGGCUGAACAUCAGACAUCAACACAUUUGGCUUGAGCGAGUGAUGAUGGUAUCAUUUGCAAGAUACCGGUAAACACCAAUCUCGAUAAAAUCACCAAAAACGUUACUGGUCUAGUCAUGCAUCCACUCCAGUACCACAGCCAAAUUUUAAUAUCAACACUAUUACUUAGCAGACGUCCCACCAACCAUCACUCCUUCAAGCCAGAUGACAUUGAUGAUGUUGUGUCUCUUCCGUUGGUGUGCAACAAUUGCUGCUACCGGCAGUCUUCGCUAAAUCCAAGGUAUCCCGUCGUGUAAAUUGUGGUACGAAAUACCCGAGGAUGAGGUCUUUCAGCCAGUAUCUCCGGUACCGAGUGGUAGCAGAAUCAUUCGCCGUUUCGCCAUCUCCCAUUUGGAAUAAAAUCCCUCCCAAUGGGUGUUUGGUGGGCGGUGAGUUAUGACGAAGGAGUUUCGCAGUCCCGCAUGAACAUAUACGCUUUGGGCAUCUUUCUAUAUGCACAGCACGAUUCUCAUCACCGCACCUUCCAAACGCUUCAAGAUAGUCCUCUUUCGUGCCGAAUUACCCACAAUAUCCCCUGGUUUUGGAUUUGCCUGAGACUAAUAGGGUGUUCCCUCCAGUAUUUUUCCACGCUGGAACGUUUAAGACUCGCUGAAAGGGCCAACACGCAAGCUCUGGACGACCUACCUACCCAACUAUUACGAAAAAAAUCCCGACGCGGCGUCGCUUCCUUUCACGAGCUUCAACAACAACCUCUCUCGCCUAGACGGCCACGGAGAGACUCAUCGUCCAAUACUGAAGCAUCGUGGUUCUUGAACCUGCCACCAAAGAUCAAGAGAAAAAACUUUACGGCAGAGGAAAGAGUGAUGUUGGACGGACGUUUGCAGGACAAAGUCAUACUUGAUGCGGCGGACGAAGCGGUAUACAGGGCGAGUCGGCGUGUCAUUAAUCCAGACGAUGAAUUAUUAAUCCCGAGUCCAACAUUGCCCGACACCCCAUUGGCUGCUGAGUCUCAAGCGUACAUGGAAAGUUUCCGGUGGAUGGACAAAGAGAAUAAUCUGGAUUUGCGGUUAGUGCUGGACGAUUACCAUGCAAAUAUCGAGGGAGCAGUGCUUCCUGAUUCUACGAGUAACCAGAGACCAUCAUUUCGGCGGCAUAUGUCAAUUACAAACCUCCCCUUUGGGAGACCUUCACUAUCCUCAUCAAUACAACCUCGAUCGCCAAAAGGCGACUCAUUCUCGCGAUCACAAACGAAACCAUCACAAACAAGACAGCGAUCUCGAACCCUCUCGUUAGUAACGGCAAAUAAUUCUCCUCGCAGCUCCCCAACAGCAUCGAUAGACCCCAACGCAACACAUUACCAAGAUCCAGAAGCGCGAUUGAAACUCAGAGUCUACUUGGCCUCGCCUCAAAAGUUCGAUGAAGCAAUAGAAUUUGGGUUUCCUUCGAUGGAUAGUUUUACAACGGGGGACGAGAAAGACAACCGAGCUCAGACACGAACCUCAAGAGAUGGCUCCGACUUCAAGAAAUCAACUGCAACCGAUGGGGGACGGUCGUUUCUUGAUGAUACAGCUUCUCUGUUCGAGGACGACAUGUCAAUUGCCGAUCCCGAUUCACCAAUAACACCCAUGGCGAUGGAGGAAAGAUUCCCGCCCCCACACCGAGCUUCAAUGUAUAACUCUGGCAGUAUCGGUAAAUCUUCAAAGACGUCAGCUGAUUGCUCACAAAUUGGGAUCAUCAAGCCGAUGGUUGUCAAACAAGCUGACAACUACGUCCACUCGACGCCUGGCAGCCGAGAGAUGACAUUGCGAAUGACGCUUACGAGACCUGACCUGAGAGCUGAUGAGUCGAAGAUCUAUGGAUGGCAGAUGAAACCCAAAGUGGAUACACAUCAUAUGUCACCUACGAUUGAAGACUUGGACGAGAAGUUCGAGAUCAGGGGUCCUUUCGGGGGCGUCGAUGGGUGGGGUCCAGAGGAGAAAGAGGGAAAAGGCCUUAAGCGCCUCUGGCAGAGGGUUAAAGGGAAAGCGUGAAAGAGCUCACCCUCCUCGCAUUUCGUUUGCUGAUCUUUCAAUAUGUCGUAUGAUGAUUUGUAUUUUAGCGGGAUCUCUUGGUGUUCUGGGGAUAUCUAUUUCCAUCUAUGAUGCUUGCUUUUCGUCAUAUUUAUUUUCUUUUGUACAGCGGAUGCAUUAGAUAUGCUUGAUACCACU